GCGAACAGGACUCGCAGUCAACAGAUACACACAGUGAUUGCUUGGUAAAUAAUAAACACUGUGCAAUGAAACCGCCUAAGGCAGAUAAAUUCAACUUUCCUGAUGAAAUCAAGCCACUAUCAACUCCAAAGAAACGAAAAUCGAGUGGCAUUGGCAGGGAAAAGGAUUCAAAUAACCACCAUGUGGUGCCGUUAGGCAUCCUGGUGGUGCUCUGUACCGUGUACCUCAUGGUGGCCGGAGUGCAACGCAACUACAGAUACUAUUUCAAGCCGGGUGUGGCAGCUUUUGACCUGAACAAACUCCAAUCCCAAUCAGAAGUCAUGGAGGAGGAGUCGGAAACCCAAGCCCCCGAUACGUCUUGUCAGAAGAUGGAUAUUUUUGGCAAGGAUUUUGAUGGAAUUCCUUCUGCAAGCCCAGUAUCAAAACGACUCAAUGGAAGGCCUUCAAAGCGGACCAAAAAUACAACUAGAAAUGGGGUCAGCAAGCAACCUCGUUUGGUGAAAUCGCAGGAGAGCGCCAAAAAGAAGGAUGCAUCCAAGAAGAGCAAUACGGCGGAGCCCAUUAUCUAUUUAUUCGCCUUGGUCUUCAUCUAUCUGCUUUUGAAGGCUGCCUCAGACAUCAAUCAACACUACAAAUCGCAGAACAAAGGGGACAAACGACUGCGCCGCUGCUCCCUGCAGUCCUAUGCACAAAUUCACAAGCAAGAUCGCCGGUCAUCAAAAGGUAUUUCACCAAAAACUUUGCCAAAAUUUUAACUCGAUGGGCCAGGUGCUUAAACACCGUGUUACCGAGGGAUCAAGUGAAUUGUUAUCCUAUAAAUCUAAAUGUAUCUACUGCUAUGUACUGAGUUAGCCAACUUUCUGUAUUGUAAAGCACUGUCCAAUCUUGAAUGAGAGCUAAUUAUCCGACUUUUUCGGAAAACGUACUGUAUAUUGUGUACCUAUAGUAUGUCCUAUUCAUUUCUCUACGUCUAUAUCCUACUACCGCACUCUUUUCGGGUUCGAUAUUGCGUUUUGCUAUCUAUCUUUCUGAACGACCUCCACUGUUUACCUCCCCUUCACUUCUCUGUGAAACUGUACUGAAUGUAAGGUUGUACAUACUCAGUAUAUAUAUAUAUUACUGUCCUAUAUGUGUGUAAACGUAAAUAAAUCAAUUACUAUGUGCUCUCCUGUGAUCAACUUACGUAGCCAUAUUAGAUUGCGUUUCAUUUACUCUGUUUGAAUGGGCUUUC